AUGCACCCUCCUCCCAUGGAGAAGCUCUCAACAUGGGUGACCACAAUAUGGCUUCUCCUUCUGCUUUUCCAUGCAGCAGAAGCUGAGCAAGAUGACGUGAAGCGCUCCCUCGUCAACUUCCUCAAGAAGCUCUCGGGCAACGACACCCACAUCGACCGGAAGCUGGGCUGGAACGCGACCUUCGAUCCGUGCGUGCACCAAAAUUGGACCGGAGUUAAUUGCAGCGCGACGACGAACUCGAUAAAAAGUAUCGUGCUCGAAGGUUUGGGACUUACUGGUUCGAUCGAUGCUGGUCUCCUUUGCAAGGCACGAUCUCUCUCCGUCCUCAGCCUCCGCGACAAUGCCCUAAGCGGCGAACUCCCUGCCGACAUAUCAAACUGCAGCCAACUGACCCAUCUGUACGUCGGAGGAAAUCGCUUCUCAGGUUCUCUUCCUUCCUCGCUCGAGCUUCUAAAUAACCUGAAGAGGCUUAACAUAUCCUACAACAGCUUCUCCGGCGAGUUACCGGACUUUUCUAAGAUCUCGGGGCUACUAACCUUUCUAGCACAAAACAACAGCCUUACUGGGACUAUUCCUGCAUUUCAUUUCACCAACCUUGUUAGCUUCAAUGUCUCCUACAAUUCUUUGCGUGGUCCAGUCCCUGAAAAUGGUGGCCUUUUUGGUGUAGAAAGCUUCACUGGUAACCCAGGUUUGUGUGGGAAACCACUUCCUAUUGCAUGUCCACCGUCGCCAUCUCCUUCGCCGUCUCUGUCAACGGAAGAAAAAGGAGAUUCCAAGAAGUCCAUAGGCGAUAAAACUAUCAUGCUCUCCGGGUAUAUAGCUCUUGCCGUGGUCUUCUUACUGUUCCUUUCAUACAAGGUGAUCUUCUUUCUAUACAAAAAGCAGCAGCAGAAGAAGAAGAGUGAAGAAAUGAAGGGGAGUACUGGGGGUGAUGAGAAGGUGGGGAGUGAUGAGAAGGUGGGGAGUGAUGACAACUCCAAGCCUCCGAGCAAGUCGCGGUCGGAGUACUCGCUUCCUCCCUCUGGAGAGCAGAGUGCGCAUACCGCGUCGACUUCGCUGGUAGUUCUUAAGGAUUCCGCGUCGAAGAAGGAGCUGAGGUUCGAGGACUUGUUGAAGGCUCCUGCAGAGUUGAUGGGGAGGGGCAGGUUUGGGAGUUUAUAUAAGGUGAUGCUGCAGGAUGGGAGCGCCUUGGCUGUGAAGAGGAUUAAGGAUUUAUCCAUCUCUGUUGAGGAUUUUAAGAGGAGGAUGGAGAGGAUAAGCAGAGUGAACCACCUCAAUGUUCUUCCUGCUGUGGCUUUCUAUUGCUCCAUGCAGGAGAAGCUGGUGGUCUACGAUUACCAAAAGAAUGGAAGCCUCUUUAAGCUCCUACAAGGAGGUGGUGGGGAACAAAACCACAAUUUCGGCUGGAGCAGUAGGCUAAACAUGGCCACAGCCAUCGCCGAGGGCCUCUCCUUCAUGCACGAAGAGCUCCACGAAGAAGGGAUCGCCCACGGCAACUUCAAAUCCUCGAACAUCCUAUUCACGGCCAACAUGGACCCCUGCAUCAGCGAAUACGGCCUCACAUCCCCGCCCUCCGUCGUCGCCGCAGCAGCCGACCACCUCCUCUUCUCGUCGUCGUCGUCUCGAAGCGCCGGCAACUCCACCUCGGCUGCCGCGCCGUUCAAGUCCGACGUCCGCAGCUUCGGGCUGGUCCUCCUGGAGCUGCUGACGGGGAAGGCGGCGCACAGCGACGGGUCCGACCUGGCGCGGUGGGUGCAGUCGGUGGUUCGGGAGGAGUGGACCGUCGAGGUGUUCGACAAGCGCCUCCUCGCCGACGGCGCGAGCGAGGAGGGCGUGGUGCGCCUCCUGCAGGUUGCGCUCAAGUGCGUCAACUCCGCCGCCGAUGCCUGCCCCACCAUGCGCGAAGUCGCGGGGAUGGUCAACUCCGUUAAGGAGGAGGAAGAGGAGAGGUCCAUAGUCUCCGAGGAGGGAUGA